UCGGCGACUCACAGUAUCAUUGCAUGAUCGGUACAAGAUGGACCACGAGGAAGGAACUGAGUUAGAAAAGAUAAACAAAAGUGAUGAAAAUGGUGAUGUGAAAAAUAAUUAUUGCGAUGUCGAUCCUCGGCUACCGUUUAGGAGACAGGCAUUGGUAUCAAUGGGGUCAUUCAUGCUGUCGUUCAGUGCAGGAGCCACGGGUGGAAUAUCAGCUAUUAUUAUACCGCAGUUGCUAAAAGACAAUCAUGGGAGACACAAUCACUAUAAUAUGAACAUGUUGUCCUGGGUAGCGGCUAUGUCAUCGCUGGCUCUGCUCUUCGGUAACAUGAUAUCUGGAUAUUUGAUGGAACGCUUCGGAAGAAGAACAUCCCAGAUCAUUCUAUCAAUGUUCUAUAUCAGCGGAUGGGUCAUCAUUGGAUUCGCAAAAAACAUGUUUUUCAUGUUACUGGGAAGAUUUAUCACUGGUUUUUGUCAAGGAUGGCUUGGCCCUCUAGGACCCGUGUUUAUUGGAGAAAUUAGCUCACCGGCUUAUAGAGGAUUAUUUUUAGCUGGCUUAUCAUUGAGCAUUGCAUCCGGUGUUUUUAUGUCUCACUUAUUUGGAACUUUCCUUCACUGGAGUCACGCCUCAUUCCUCUGCGCUCUGUUUCCAUUAUCAGGAUGCAUUGUUUUAUAUUUCGCUCCUGAAUCACCAUCAUGGCUGGCAUCCAAGAAUGAAAUAGAAAAAUGUAGAACUGCAUUUUAUUGGUAUAGAGGAAGAACUCCAGUAAUGCAGAACGAACUCGACAAAAUGCUUGUAGAACAUGAAAAGAAAAAGGAGGUAAAGCCAAAAUUGGAAACAUUAAAAGAAAACAUAAAGAAGCCAGAGUUUUGGAAACCGCUGUCUAUCAUGAUUGUAUUCUUUAUCGUGACUCAGUUGUCCGGUAUCAAUGUUAUUUGCGCAUAUACGACCAAUAUAAUGGAAGUUCUCAUUGGAAAUAACAAAAACACGUACGCUGCGAUGUUAGCUACAGAUGUUUUACGAGUCGUAGCUUUGAUUUCAGCCUGUAUUCUACUUCGAAGGAUAGGUAGACGACCAUUAGCUGUAUUCAGUGGGAUAUUUACUACUUUAUCACUGAUAACAUUAGCAAUAUACUUAUACCUUGUAGAUAAACGCAUAAUAAGACAUAUAUCACCGACGAUAUCGUUAGGGUUAAUGGCGGUGUAUAUAGUAGUUUCUAAUUUAGGUAUAUCGCCAUUACCUUGGAAUAUGGUAGGGGAAGUAUUUGCGACUGAAACAAAAGGCUUAGGGUCCGGAAUAAGUGUAAUGAUGACAUCGAUAGCUUUCUUUGGAACUGUAAAAACUGCUCCGGCAAUGUUCGAUACUAUUGGCCACCACGGCACUUACUUAUUUUAUGGUCUAUCGACUCUAUGCGGUACGAUAUUUUUGUACUUCUUCCUUCCUGAGACUAAGGGAAAAACUCUAUUGCAGAUAGCCGAGCAUUUCAGAAACGGCAAUAAAAGUAAAGAAAAAAGUCUUAAGGAAGAUAAUAAUUUUGUUUGAUUACGAGUUCAAUACCGUUGCUAAGACGUCGUGAUAAGAUAAUUCGCUGUUUAAUGAAGAGAGGUUAGGAUGAAAUUAAUUGAAUAGAACAAUUUUAGAUAUUAAUAUCAAACAAGUAAAUGAUUUAAUGUUAAUUAGAAUAGUGAAUAAUAGGAAAAUAAAUAAUAUUAUGAUAGGAAUAUUUUUUAGUAAAGCACAAUGUUAUCAAUCAUUUAGCUACAUAAAAUCUAUUAAUGCCUAUCGUUACAGAUAAUGCGCUACUUAACCUAAUAAGAUAUGAUUCUCAUUGAUAUUACGAAAUACCAGGUAUAAUUUGACCUUUAGAUAAAUAAAUAAAUAUUGUACCUGUGUAAGGUUAUUUAGAUUUCAUUUUGAUUAGUAGGUAAUAGUUAUGAAAUAGGAAAUAACUCACACAAAAUAGUUACCAUAAAAACUGCAUAUUAUUAAUAUAAUACCGGCAUGUAUCAUGCCGGUAUUUAUCCUAUGAAACAUCAAACAACCUAUCAGUCCAGAAACAGUUUAGAGAGCCCCACUUAUAAAACUGCCCUUUUAACCUGCUGUAAAAAAAUGUUCUUUCAAUGUUAGUUAAUUAGAACAAGGUGAAGUGUUUACGGAUGCACCCUCGCUAAUAAAAACCGAAGACUAUUUCACAGUCCGUUAAAGAUGGACAAGUGGCACGCUUCUGUCUGUAAAUUAUGAAUUUCUUCCUGUUGUGACACGUGGAUAUGACCCGAAGCGCUCGAAGAUGAUUCGCUGACAUCUGCGAAGAGGCUUUUUUUUUUCAAAAUUUAAUAAGUUCCCACGUUGGUACGCGACUUGUUUUUAUGCAGACAAAAACCCAGGAAAACAUCUGGGCUAGAUGUGGUUAUUUUCGGAGGACUUGAUGUUUUUAUGGAGAUGCUAGGAAAUGUAAAAACGUUGACGUAUAUCUUCGCUUGAUAAAAGUAAUCUUUAUACACGCAAGUCGCUCAUUCCGAGUCAAAGUGUAGUCUUUACAUUGUCAUAAAUGCUGAGUCUGUCUUUUGUUAAUGCGCAUAACAAAUAUUUAAUUAGCAAACCAGUCAUAUGUGAUCUCUUAUCUUAACCUUAUUAUAUAACUCAAACACAUUGAUAAUAGUGUAGUGUAAAUUAUUUACGUAAUAAAUAUUCAAAUACGUAAAAAUAUUACUAAUGAGCUCGGUACAUUCCAUACGAAUUAUACGAAUAAUUGCAUAUCGAAGAGUAAUAGAAAUUUGGUAUGUAAAUUAA